CGGUGCGCUGCCGCCGCCACGCUCGGCAGCCUCGCGCCGCUGGGGGACGCCGCCGCGGCGGGCGCUCUGCUGAAGGCCGCCGCGGGCGACCCGGACCAGCAGGUGCAGCUGGAGGCGCUCGCAGCGCUGGCGCGGGUGGCCGGAGGCGCAGCGUCGCGGGGCGGCGGCGACGAUGCGUCAGCGGCGGGGACCAUACAGAGCUUGGUCGCGCUGGCCAGCAACAACACGGCGCCGUCCGCCGUGCGGAGCCGCGCGCUGCUGUGCCUGGCAGGCGCCGCCCGGCGCGGGGACGCCAGCGCCGUCGGCUGCGCGAUCGGCAUCCUGGAGGCGAGCGACGCGGGCCUGCGCCGAGAGGCGCUCGGCGUGGUGGUGCGCCUGGCGGAGCCCGGCGACACCGCCGCGAGGGCGCUAGUGGCCGCCCGCCUCGGCGACCCCGACGGCGAGGUCCGCAGGUGCGCCGUGGAGGCCUGCCAGGACCUCGUGGAGCACGGGGGCCGGGGCCUCACGGAGGUGCUCAUCCCCCACGUCGUCUGCGGGGACUACUGCCUCCGCCAGAUGGCCCUGCGGACCCUGCAGCGCAUCGCCGAGCGGGGCGACGACCAGGGCGCCGUGCUGGCGCUCACGCCGUGGCUGGAGAACGGGCACUGGCCGCAGCGGCAGGCUGCCCUGGAGGCGGUCGGCGCGCUCGCCGAGCGGGGCGACGCCGCCGUGGUCGGCUGCGUGGUGCGGCGCCUCGCGGACUCCGACGAGAGCUGCCGGCACGCCGCGUGCGAGGCGCUGCCCCAGGUGGCCGCCGCCGGGGACCACGCCGCCGUGGCCGCGCUGGCCGAGAGGCUGGAGGACAAGAGCUGGCUCGUGCGCGACGCGGCGUGCUCGGCCCUGCAGCGGCUCGCGACGUCCGCGCAGGCGGCCCUGUUCGACGGCCUGCGGGGUCACAGCGAGGAGGAGGUGCGGAGGGCCGCCUCCGAGGUGCUCGCGGCCGUGCUCGCGCGGGAGGCCGCGCAGGGGGCCGGCGUGGAUUGCACAGCCCCGAAGGCGAGCAAAAACGCUAUGAGCA